AUGCCCAAGUCCACUAACAAGUCGGCCGCAGGACCGCCCUCGCCUUCCAGCACUGCCCCAGAGCAGCCUGGGAACGAGCAGCCCACGGUCUCUCAGCAGCCCGCCCCGGCCCAGACUUCCACCAAAGCGUCUGCGUCUGCCUCAUCGUCCGCACCCCCAUCUCACGCCCACCCCGCAUUCCCCCCAGCGCCACCCCUUAACAAUCUGCCCACCACAGAGACAGACAUCAUCUCUCUCCUCACUCUUGCGCCCCAUCAGAUACUCUCCACCACCAUCCCGCUUCUUGCCAAAGUUGCCGAUGGAAAGCCAUUUGAAGGGGCCAACCUCAAGCCAAUCGAAAGGAAGAAGAUGGGCGAAAAUACUCUGGCAUUGUACUCUGAGGGAGAUAACCUCUAUGGCAUUGACGACGAGGUGCUGAAGAAUGCUGCCGGAGCCCUGGUCUUCAUCUUGUCCGCGAGAAUGGAUUCGGGCAAGAAGGAACCGACAGUGUAUAACGAUAGAUUGUUUGAGUUCUCCAUCACUGUCUGUGCUCUUGCCGAGCCCGCCGAGCUUCGUGCCGCUCCUUCCCGGGUUGAUUUCUUCGCCUGGGAGCUCUUGCGUCUUGCUCAACGUCUGGACAGGGUCAACGAAGCCCUCUCAGCUCUCGCUAUACUUGUCGAGAAAGUCGCAUACCGCAACACAUUUUCCGCAACCUUUGGCGCUCUCUUGGAAGCUUGUCUUCUGACUCGAAAAUACGACCACGCCCCAUACGUCCUCGAUCAGAUCUUCCUGGACGUCACCACUUGCGCGCCGAAGUACCUUGACUUUUUGACCUACUAUCACCACGCUGGGACAGUUGCCGUUGCUCUGGGUGAUCUCAAGUUGGCCAAGCGCCACUUUGUGAUGGCUGUCACUCUCCCCACGCACAAUGCUUCUGCUAUUCAAAUCUCAUGUGCCAAGCGAGCUGUCCUUUGUGAGCUGAUUACGACCGGCAAAAAACUGUCUCUGCCAAAGUACACUCCUGUCGCUGUGAGCCGGGUGCUAGACAAAUCUAUGGUCCCCUACAAUGAGCUGGCGAAAGAGUACGAUGGAAGAAACUGGAAGAAUGCCCGCAAAGCGGCCGCGCACCCGGACUUUGAGAAGGAUUGCAAUCGAGGACUGGCAGACCUCGCUCUCAACAACAUCUACCGUCACAUGAUCCUCCGACGCCGCUCGACCUACUCUCGCCUGACAGUAGAGCAGCUCGUGGAUCGCAUGAGAGUUUCAGGCGAAGCACCUGAUGUGGAGGAGGUCAUGUAUACCUUGGAUGAAAUGGUCCGGUCGGGCGAGAUUGAAGCCACCCUCACACCCUCUCCCUCGAAUCCAGAGUCGAAUGCCGAAGCCAUCAUCAAUUUCAGCACUGCCUCCAAGACUUGGAUUACUUCAGAAUCUCUGGAGGAGCUCCACCGGGCGAACCAGCUGUCGGUGCUGUUUGAGAAGGAGCUUGUGAAGGGCGGUCAAGCCUUGGGAACCAGUAAGGAGUAUCUCCAAAAGGCUGCUCAAUCGUCCGACUUGAGCGGCAAAAAGGGUACCAAUAAGGGCGCAGAAUUCGAUCAGCUGAUGGACGCUGAAGACUCGGAGGAUCCCCGUGCUAGUAGUGGAGGCAGACAGAAGAGGAAUGGGGUGAGGGGCGUGGGCGGUAAUUUGGGUGACAUGGGAUUCUAG